AACAGUCUGAGGGGCCGGGAGAGAACUCUCCUGGGAGUUCUCCCUCCCGACCCUAAAGCCUGCUUCCAGGAUGAAGAAGAUUUUUGAUUUCGGCAAGAAAGAGCAGUUUCCACCUGGCCCGUCCAUCAAGCUGCCGAAUUUCUUUGGGGACCAAACGUCCAACUAUAUCCCAGGAUAUGUGAUCCAGAACAAGGACCUCGGGAAGAUCCAUCAGGCUGCAUUGUUAGGGGAUGUGUUCAAAGUGCAGCAUCUGCUGCUGCUCGGAAAAAACGGUGUAAACGAUGUAGAUAGAAAGAAGCGAACAUGUCUUCAUCUGGCCUGUGCUAAUGGACAUCCAGAUGUUGUAUCUCUCUUAAUAGAGAGAAAAUGUGACCUGAAUUUGUUGGACACAGACCAUCGAACACCUUUCAUGAAGGCAAUACAGUGUGAGGAGGAGGAGUGUGCAACUAUCUUGCUUCAACAUGGUGCAGACCCUAAUAUUGGGGAUGGAAGCAACAAUGCUCUUCACUAUGUUUCCUAUUUUCUGGGAAUAGACCUAGCAGCAAAACUGCUUCACUAUAAAGCUGAUAUUGAAGCAAAAAACAAGGAAGGCCUUACGCCACUGUUUUUUGCAGUUAGAGGAAAGAACUGUGAAAUGGCAGAAUUUCUCCUAAAGAAUGGAGCAAAUGUUAAUGCCUUGGAUGGCUCUAAAAGGUACAGUAAUAAAAGCUUUAAAAUACAAAAACAACAUUUCUAGAAGAAUACAAACAACUUAAAUCUUGGAACAUUUAGUGAACAACAAUAAUUGAAAUUGAAUAUCAUUGCAAA